AUGUCGUGCCGCAACUUCCAGCAGGCCUCCAGAUGUGGGGGCCAGAGCUUCAGCUCCUGCUCGGCGAUCCUGCCCCGGACAGUCACGCACUACGCAGUGAGCAAGGGGCUGUACCGGCCUGCGGCCGGAGCGGGCCUCCGAGCCCUGGGCUGCCUCGGUUCAAGGAGCCUGUGUAAUGUGGGCUUCGGGAGGCCCCGGGUGGCCUCCAGGUGUGGGCUGCCUGGCUUCGGGUACAGAGUGGGGGCCACCUGUGGCCCUGCUGCCUGCAUCACCCCUGUUACCAUAAACGAGAGCCUGCUGGUUCCGCUGGACCUGGAGAUCGACCCGACCGUGCAGAGGGUGAAGCGGGACGAGAAGGAGCAGAUCAAGUGCCUCAAUAACCGCUUUGUGUCCUUCAUCAACAAGGUCCGCUUCCUCGAGCAAAAGAACAAGCUCCUGGAGACCAAGUGGAACUUCAUGCAGCAGCAGAGGUGCUGCCAGAGCAACAUGGAGCCUCUCUUCGAGACCUACAUCGGCGCCCUGCGCAGGCAGCUGGACUGCGUGGCCGGGGACCGCACCCGGCUGGAGGCCGAGCUCUGCAGCCUCCAGAACUCCCUGGAGGCCUACAAGAAAAAAUACGAAGAGGAACUCUCCCUGCGACCUUGUGCUGAGAACGAGUUUGUUGCCUUGAAGAAGGACGUGGACACGGCCUUCCUGAUGAAGGCUGACCUGGAGACCAACGUAGAAGCUCUUGUCCAGGAGAUCGACUUCCUGAAAGGCCUGUAUGAGGAGGAGAUCUGCCUGCUCCAGUCUCAGAUCUCAGAGACCUCGGUCAUUGUCAAGAUGGACAACAGCCGGGAGCUGGACGUGGAUGGCAUCAUUGCUGAGAUCAAGGCCCAAUAUGACGAAAUUGCCAGCCGCAGCAAAGCUGAAGCCGAGGCCUGGUACCAGUGCCGGUACGAGGAGCUGAGGAUGACAGCCGGGAACCACUGUGACAACCUCCGCAACCGCAAGAACGAAAUCCUGGAGAUGAACAAGCUGAUCCAGCGGCUGCAGCAAGAGAUCGAGAAUGUCAAAGCUCAGCGCUGCAAGCUAGAGGGAGCCAUAGCUGAAGCCGAGCAGCAGGGCGAGGCCGCCCUCAGCGACGCCAAGUGCAAGCUGGCAGGCCUGGAGGAGGCCCUGCAGAAGGCCAAGCAGGACAUGGCCUGCCUGCUCAAGGAGUACCAGGAGGUGAUGAACUCCAAGCUGGGCCUGGACAUCGAGAUCGCCACCUACAGGCGCCUGCUGGAGGGCGAGGAGCACAGGUGA